GCAGCAGCAGUGCGCCACCUUUGUGCUGCUGCUGCUGCUGCUGAUGAUGAUGAUGAUAAUGACGAUAGUGUGGUGCCCUUGUUGGCGUGGCCCGGGUGGUGGUCGUGUUGGCAGGGGCCCAAGGCUGAGGGGCUCCUGGCCGGGCUGGCGGGGAAACCAUUUGCUGCUGCAGCUCUUGUUGCUCUCUUUGUUGCCGACGCGGCUGUUGCUGCUGUGUCCACUGAUGCUGAUGGCGAUUAUGAUGAAGCUGCCGCUGCUGCUCUACAUAAUGGGGGUGCCGGAAGGGACAGUGCCAGGUGGCCAGGGCGUCCCUGGUCAUUGCGGGUGGGCUCAUAGGCACCAAUAUUUUACUAAGCCAUGUCGUCAACAGCGGCGGAACGGGUGUGGGCGGCGGCGGCGGCGGGCGUGGCGGCGGCAGCUGGCGCGGGCGGCGGCGGCUGUGGUGGUCGGCAGCGGCGCGGGUCGCAGCUACCGCGGCGCGGGGCGUGGCUGCUCGGCAGCUCCGCCAAUGGGGCGCCGGUGGUGGCGGGGGCCUGCGGGCCGCCCACAGCCGCCCCAGUCACUGUCCGGCCGCCGCGGCGAUCGCACCCGCCAUGACGCUCGACCCCCGGCCCCUCGUGCCCCUGUCGCCGCCGCCGCCGCCCACUUCCGCCGCCAUGACCGACCCCCGGCCGGGCCCCCCGCCCGUGUCCCCGCCACCCUCCAGGCCGCCGCCGCCCACCCUGCCCGUGUCGUCCCUGGCGGCCGCCUCGGCCCUGUCCAUGGUGCCGCGCUCCUCGGCCUUCACCGCCGUGUUCCCGCCGCUGGGCCGCGGCGCGCUGCCCGACCUGGCGGCGCUAAACCUGGCGGCCCUCGAGUCCUACCUGGCACUGACGGGCCUGUCCCGCCUGGCCGGGCCCCGCCCCUCCCACGCCGCCGCCAGCAACAGCAAAAAGUUUGACUUCUCCCGCCUCGCCGAGAGUGUCGCUGAGGGCGAGAAGCUGGCGGCGGGCGGCACCAGCAGCCCGCCCACGUCCUCCACGCCGGUGUCGGCGGCGGCGGCGGCGGCGGUGGCUAGCCUGACCCAGGUGGCGCCGCUCGUGUCGUCCGUCAGGUCGCUACCGCUGCUGUCAGACGCGUACCCGCUGCUGCUCAACCCUCUUUAUCACUCCAUGCUGGCUCAGCAACAACAGCAGCAACAACAGCAACAACAGCAGCAGCAGCAGCCGGCACCACAUCCAUCCCUGGGGUUCCGGCGGGCGGCGGGUGGCCGCGGCCGCACACCCAGACCCAAGAAGCAAUUCAUCUGCAAGUACUGCAACAGACACUUCACCAAGAGCUACAACCUGCUCAUCCACGAGCGCACACACACGGACGAGCGGCCCUACACCUGCGACAUCUGCGGCAAAGCCUUCCGCCGCCAGGACCACCUGCGAGACCACCGGUACAUCCACAGCAAGGAGAAGCCGUUUAAGUGUACGGAGUGCGGGAAGGGUUUCUGCCAGAGUCGCACGCUGGCCGUCCAUCGCAUCCUGCACAUGGAAGAGUCACCCCACAAGUGCUCCACCUGCGGCCGGAGCUUCAACCAGCGCAGCAACCUCAAGACGCACCUGCUCACCCACACCGACAUCAAACCCUACACCUGCCCCCAGUGCGACAAGGUGUUCCGACGCAACUGUGACCUCCGCCGCCACGCCCUCACCCACAACCUGACCUCGCCCCUUGACCUCGACCUCAGCGCCCUCCCCGCCUCCUCCUCCACCUCCUCCAGCUCCUCCUCCAACUCCUCCCUCCUUGGGCUGGACCUCGCCGCCCCCGCCGCCGCCCUCCACCACCACCACCGCCUCCACCACCACCACCACUACCCCCUCUCCCCCUCCUCCCCCGCCGCGGCUGUGGAGGAGGAGGAGGAAGAGGAGGAGGAGGGAGAGAAGGGGGGCAUCCCGGGCCUUCAGGUAACUGCCGGGAGAACCUACAGCAGCGACGAGGAAGAGGCGGCCAGGGUGGGGAAGCGAUCCAAGACUGAACGCCCCACCACCCCCGCCGAAGGACCUCCCAGCGGCGCCGACUUCGAUGACGACGACGAGGACGAGGAGGACGACGACGAGUUUGGGAAAGACGACCUGCUGGUGGAUGAUGAUGACGAUGAUGACAGUAAUCACUCGAGCCCCCCCACACUGCUCGGGAGGUUCCGCUCAGACCAGCAGAAGGAGCCGCUAAAUCUGGGCGCCUCCACCUCCGCCUCCCUCGCCUCCUUCAGUAUAGCUUCCAUCAUGGGCGGUGCGGACUAACGCUUCCAGGGGUCGUGUGUGUGAAGGAAGGAAGGAGGGAAGGAAGGAAGGAAGGAAGAAGUGGGUGGUAGGAAAAGAAAGAAGGAAAGGCAAAUAAUGAAGAAAGGAUUGGCUGUAGGAAGAAAAGGAGGAUGGAGUGAGAAGGAAGGACUGAGAUUUGAAGGAAUGAAAGGAAGGAAUGAUGGAUUGGUGGUAUGAAUAGAGAAAAUGAAGGUAGGAUGGGGAGGAACGAUAGAGAGUCGGAAGGAAGGAUGGAUGGAUGGGUGGUAGGAAAAGAGGAAAGGAAGGAAGGAAUAGGAGCAGGAAUAGACAGUUGAAUGAAGGAAAGGAAGAAUUGAUGGGUUUAUAAGUAAGUGUUAAUGACCGAAUGGAAAGCAUGAAGACUGUGUUAAAGGAUAAAUAAUUGAAGGAAAGAGGAAAAGGAAGAUGAAAAAAUGGAAGAAAGCUAAGGAAGGGAAAUGGAAGGAUGAAUGAAUGAAUAAAUGAAAAGAAAUAAGAAAGGAAGGAAAGAAGGAAAGCUCGAAUGGAAGCAAAAGAUGUAAAUAAGGAAAAGAUGAACGAGAUAAAGAAGUUGAUGAAUAUGGAGAGAACAAAGACAAAGCAGAAAAUGAGAGAAAUAAUUAAUGAAAACAGGAAAAAUGGAGACAAGGGGAAACGGAUAGUGAGUAAGAAAAGACAAUUAAAUAAACAAUGAAGAUGAUGGUGAUGAUGAUGACGAUGAUAAUGAAGACAAAGAAGAUGGUGAAGGCAGCUCAUGACAUUAAACCACGCAAGAAACAAUCACUGAGCUUGAAGAUGAUGAUGAUGACGAAGAUGAUGAUGAUGAUGAUGAUAAUGGUGAUGGUGAUGGUGGCUCAUGGCUCUUGAAGUCCUGGCACGAUCAUCUAGUCAUGGGAGCCUCGGGUAUCAGGGAGGAGGAAGAAGAAGAAGGAGGAAGAAGAAUCGGAGACGGGGAGAAGGUGGAGGAGGAAGGAGCCGUGGCGUCCCUCUCCUUACCUGCCCUUCCUCCCUGCGUUACCUGAGGGAUUGGAUUAAGUCUGUGGGUGAGGUGUGUAGGUAAUUAAUAAGGUGUUUCAGGUGAUGUGUACGGUACAGUGUAUAGCUAAGCAUUAUACUAGAGUUAGGGUGUCUGUGUGUGUGUGUGUGUGUGUGUGUGUGUGUGUGUGUGUGUGUGUGUGUGUAUGUUGAUAUCGCUGCACGUGUAUAACCUCUCAUUUACACACACAUUAAAGGCUUGAUCGAGGAAGUAACGCACGUAAAAUUGACAUUCACCCAGGUGGAAACAUGUACUUUGGGACACAUGUGCGCGCGUGUGUGUGUGUGUGUGUGUGUGUGUGUGUGUGUGUGUGUGUGUGUGUACAAAGUCAUUGGUGGGGGGUGGGGGCUACUCCUUCAAUACCUCAGUUCUAUAAUUUAUUGUCGUUGUUGAGUGUUUGCUGUUGUUGAUGUGGUAGUGUGUUCGUGUGUGCGUGUACCGAGGAGGGGGAGGAUGAGGAGGAGAAGAAAGAGGAGCCAUAGAAGAAAGAAGGCAAAGGAGGAAUAGAAAAGAAAAAAAAAAAAUCCGUAUAGAGAGCGCGGCUGAAUCAAGAGGUCUGUAACAAGUGACAAAGAGGUAAGAGGAGGCAUACAAGAGGACGAGAAGAGGAAGAAGAGGACCUCCCCAUGCACCCAAAUGACCUUGUCCCUUCACUUCACCUAAAACAAAACACUGUCGCCUGCCCCACGUCACCGCCGCCGUCAGAACCAGUCACCUUUAAAUCCGAUUCUUCAGCCUUAAGUAUAUGUCUUUUCUUGACCUUCUUUGAACAGACAUAUUCUUUUAUUUAUUCUUUUCCCUCUCUCCACCUCGUUUGAAAGCCUCCAUCUCUUCUAAAGCUAUUCAAUUUUCUUUAUACCUCUACCAACUCCAUUUCUCCUCCUCCACUCCCUCCGCUUCCACCUCCAUCUCCACCUCCUCAUAUGUUAUUUUUCCUCUCUCUCCACCUCGUUUGAAAGCCUCCAUCUCCUCUAAAGCUAAUCAAUCCCUUUCCCUACCUCCCCCUCCUCCAUUUCUCCUCCUCCACCUCCUCUUCUUCCUCUUCUGUUUCUGCCUUCUCUUUCACCCCCACAUAUGUUAUUUUUCUCCCUUUCACCACCUCGUCUCAAGCCCCAUCUCUUCUAAAGCCAUUGAAUCUCCACCUCUUCCACCUUUACCUCCUCCUCCAUCUCCUCUUCCUUUUCUGUUUCCACCUCCUCUUCCACCUCCACAUAUGUUAGUUUUCUUCUCUCACCACCUCGUCUCAAGCCCCAUCUCUUCUAAAGCCAUUAAAUCUCCACCUCUUCCACCUCUACCUCCUCCUCCACCUCCUCUUCCUCUUCUGUCUCUGCCUUCUCCUCCACAUAUGUUAGUUUUCUUCUCUCACCACCUCGUCUCAAGCCUCCAUCUCUUCUAAAGCCAUUAAAUCUCCACCUCUUCCACCUCCUCCUCCGCUGCCAAGAACAUAAGAUCAAACUUUCCUGUUCUUUUCUAUUUGACUGGAUCCACCACCACAAACUCCUCCCCCUCCUCCUCCUCCUCCUCCUCCUCGCUCGCUCCUCCUCCUAAAGCAGUGAAGGAUAAACAUUCCACGAACUGUAUUUCCCUCUCGCCAACACAAGAGAUCACCCACUUCCCGCCCUCUCUCCCCCUCCACCGCCCGCCCUGACCCACCCCCACCACCCCAAGCAGCGGAGGUGGAGAGGGAGGGAUGAUGGUGGUUCUGGAGGAGGAGGAGGAGGAGGAGGAGGAGGAAGCAUGCACCGGGCAGCUGUCAGUGUCCUAUCAGCAUGAAGACUACGCGUUGUGAGCCACUUAAUGUUGACUGUAACGAUUUUCCCUCAAUAAAAAACAAGAUUAUCACA